AUGGCUUCCGACGAGCAGAAGAAGGCCAAGCCCAGCGCCUUGCGCUCCAUCAUCGCGGGCAGCACCGCCGGCGCCGUAGAAAUCGCCAUCACAUACCCGGCCGAGUUCGCCAAGACACGCUCGCAGCUGAACCGGCGGCUGGCAGAGGGCAAGAAGCUGCCCUGGCCGCCGUUUGGUCCGCAGUGGUACGCGGGCUGCACUACCCUCAUCAUCGGCAACUCGCUCAAGGCCGGCAUCCGCUUCGUCGCCUUCGACCAGUACAAGAGCAUGCUGGCCGAUUCCAACGGCAAGGUCUCAGGCCCAGCCAACGUCAUUGCCGGAUUCGGCGCCGGUGUUACCGAGAGCGCGCUGGCCGUCACUCCGUUUGAGAGUAUCAAGACGCAACUCAUCGACGACCGCAAGAACCCCAAGCCACGCAUGCGCGGCUUCCUGCACGGCACGUCCAUAAUCGCGCGCGAGAAGGGCAUCCGCGGCUUCUUCCAAGGCUUCGUGCCCACCACCGCGCGCCAGGCCGCCAACUCGGCCACCCGCUUCGGCUCGUACACGACGCUCAAGCAGAUGGCCCAGUCGUACGUGGCGCCCGGCGAGAAGCUCGGCACGGUCAGCACCUUCGGCAUCGGCGCCCUGGCCGGCAUCAUCACCGUCUACGUGACCAUGCCGCUGGACACUGUCAAGACUCGCAUGCAAUCGAUAGAAGCAAGGUCAGAGUACAGGAACAGUUUCGUAUGCGCCGCCCGCAUCGUCAAGGAGGAAGGCUUCCUGACUCUCUGGUCCGGCGCCGUGCCGCGUCUGGCGCGACUCAUCCUGAGCGGUGGCAUCGUCUUCACCAUGUACGAGAAGAGUAUGGAGGCGAUGGAUAAGUUCGACCCGGACAGGAAGUACAUUUAA